CGCCAAGGUGCAGUCGCAGCCCCCUCGGCCCGGGCCCGGCCCCAACUCUGUCCAAGUCGCCGGGCGGCGGGUACUCACCAUGCGGAUCUGGGUGCUGAUGAGCAGCUGGCACCGCCCCCUGGAAAAAGCAAAGGCGGAGGCAGAGCCUCAAGCGGUCAUCUCUCCGCCCCUUCCUAAAGGCGCGUGGGGCUGCUGGCGCCGCUUGAUGACGUCACGGCCAUUGACAGUGAGAGGCCGCGGCCGUGGCUGCUGUCCCCGUGGUUUCGAGCGGUCGGUGGCUCACGUGGGCUGCAGAUGAAGCAUGUCUAGACUGGGGGUCUUGGGCGGCGCCCAGGCCGGGUUGGGACUGUUGCUGGGCACCGCCGCGGGCCUUGGAUUCCUGUGUGCCCUUUACAGCCAGCGGUGGAAACGGACCCAGCGCCACGGCCACAGCCAGAGCCUACCUAACUCCCUGGACUACACACAGACCUCAGAGCCCGGACGCCAGGUGAGGCCUUUGCGGGCAGUCCCAGGCGAGGCUGGAGAUGGUGCAGUGCUGCCCAGCCUUCCACGUGAAGGGCAGGAGGAGGUGCUGGACCGCCUGGACUUUGUGCUCAGCAGCCUGGCGGCCUUGCGGCGGGAGGUGGAGGAGCUGAGGAGCAGCCUGCAGGGGCUUGCCGGGCAGAUUGUUGGGGAGGUCCGAUCCCACAUGGAAGAGAGCCAGAGAGUGGCUCGGCGGCGGAGAUUCCCUUUUGCCCGAGAGAGGAGUGACUCUACUGGCUCCAGCUCUGUCUACUUCACGGCCACCUCAGGAGCCACAUUCACAGAUGCUGAGAGCGAAGGCGGGUAUACAACGGCCAACGCUGAGUCAGACUACGAGCAUGACUCUGACAGGGAAAGUGAUGACGGGGAAGACGAAGUGAGCUGUGAGACUGUGAAGAUGGGAAGAAAGGAUUCUCUGGACCUGGAGGUGGAGGUGGAGGUGGCUUCAGGCCCAGCAGCCAGAGCCCUGGAGGCUGGAGGCUCCCCUGGCCUGGAGGAUGUGCUGCCCCUCCUGCAGCAGGCCGAUGAGUUACACCAGGGCAAUGAGCAGGGCAAGCGGGAGGGUUUCCAGCUGCUGCUCAACAACAAGCUGGCGUAUGGAAAUCAGCAGGAUUUUCUCUGGCGUCUGGCCCGGGCCUACAGUGACAUGUGUGAGCUCACUGAGGAGGUGAGCGAGAAGAAGUCAUAUGCCCUAAAUGGAAAAGAAGAGGCAGAGGCUGCUCUGGAGAAGGGGGAUGAGAAUGCUGAAUGUCACCAGUGGUAUGCAGUGCUUUGUGGUCAGCUGGCUGAGCAUGAGAGCAUCCAGAGGCGCAUCCAGAGUGGCUUUAGCUUCAAGGAGCAUGUGGACAAAGCCAUUGCUCUCCAGCCAGAAAACCCUAUGGCUCACUUUCUUCUUGGCAGGUGGUGCUACCAGGUCUCUCACCUGAGCUGGCUAGAGAAAAAAACUGCUACAGCCUUGUUCGAAAGCCCUCUCAGUGCCACUGUGCAGGAUGCCCUCCAGAGCUUCCUAAAGGCUGAAGAACUACAGCCAGGAUUUUCCAAAGCAGGGAGGGUAUAUAUUUCCAAGUGCUACAGAGAACUAGGAAAAAACCCUGAAGCUAGACAGUGGAUGGAGUUAGCCCUGGAGCUGCCAGAUGUCACCAAUGAGGUACUGAUGUUCUGAUCUCCCAGCAAGGACCUUGAAACUUAGGCAUGGUCUGUCCCUAUCCCACAACUUACCUCAUCAGCAAGUCGCAGAAGCAUCCGCAGAAACCUGGCCAGGUGCAUCUGCCUGGCUGAAAGUUCCCCUCGACCCGAAUAGUCGGUUCUGUAGAGGGCAGUGGCACUGUCUACAAUUAACAGUGCAUACCUAUAGGAAACAAGGACUCUAUGAAGCCUAUUUCUAGUCUGUGUCAGAUUCUGCUCCCUUCCUUACUACCCUAAACUUUCAUAUUCAUAGUUAUAUUCGUACGUAAAUGUGUUAAUUAAAAUAUUUGUACAGUAUUCACAUCUGAGGCACUAUGUAAUAAGUAAAAUUUCCAGUAAGUUCAAGUGGACUAUGGCUUCAUCUUUUUUUUUUUUUUUGGAAAUAAUCUCUACACUCCACGUGGGGCUCAAACUCACGACCCCGAGAUCAAAAGUUGCAUGCUCCUCUGAGCCAGCCAGGUGCCCAGUGGUUUCAUUUUUUUUAACACCGACUUGACCUGAACCCACAAUGCAAGAAUGUGGAACUAAAACUUACACCUCCCCUUUCUAAUUCAAGUUACUAUCAAUUCUGUCACAUAGCCUACAUAAAAUUCAGGGUAAGCGCUCUGGAACAUAUUCCAUGUCUUCUACUGAGCACAGACCUAGAUUCUACCAUCAUGGCUGAUGCUUGAUAAAGGAGCUGGGUCUGGUGGUCUGUGUUGAACCCUCGAGCAUAUGCUACAUUAUCCAGGACAUCACUGCCGGAAAGACCGUAUCUAGAAGAGAAUAGAGAACAUUUUUAGACUGCACACAAAACUCAGGCAGACUUGAAAUUAACAAAGAAAUUACUUGGAUGAUUAGGCAAGAAAUGUUAUGACCAAAGAAU